UUGCAGUCGAAACAGAUAUCCUUAAACGAAAUGAAGUACUUUGUCGUCAGCGGCGGUGUGAUCAGCGGCAUUGGCAAGGGCGUCAUUGCGUCGAGCGUCGGCGUGCUGCUCAAGUCGAUCGGCCUCAAUGUCACCAGCAUCAAGAUCGAUCCCUACCUCAACAUUGACGCUGGCACCUUCUCCCCUUACGAGCACGGCGAAGUCUUCGUCUUGGACGAUGGCGGCGAGGUCGACCUCGAUCUGGGCAACUAUGAGCGCUUUUUGGACAUCAAGCUCCACCGCGACAACAACAUCACGACCGGCAAGAUCUACCGAGAUGUGAUUGAGCGUGAGCGAAAGGGCGACUACCUUGGCCGCACGGUGCAGGUGGUGCCGCACAUUACCGACGCCAUCCAGGACUGGAUUGAGCGUGUCGCGCGCGUGCCCGUUGACAAGGAUGGCAACACGCCCGAUGUCUGCGUCAUUGAGCUCGGCGGCACGGUGGGCGACAUUGAAAGCAUGCCCUUCGUGGAGGCGCUCCGCCAGUUCCAGUUCCGCGUUGGCCGCGAGAACUUUUGCCAGCUGCACGUCUCGCUGCUCCCUGUUGUGGGCGCCAGCGGCGAGCAAAAGACCAAGCCGACCCAGCACAGCAUUCGCGAGCUGCGUGGACUUGGCCUUUCGCCCGACAUUAUUGUCUGCCGCUCGCAGACCCCCGUCGAGGCGUCGAUUCGCGCCAAGGUGGCCAUGUUCUGCCACGUUGCCUCCGAGCAGGUCAUUGCCGUGCACGACCUCUCGUCCAUCUACCGCGUGCCGCUCCUGCUCGAGAGCCAGGGCUUGAUCAAGUACUUUGCCAACCGCCUCAACCUUCAAAUCCCCCAGGCCUUCCCCAUGCUGCUUUCGCGCUGGGGCCAGCUUGCAGACCGCUACGACCGCCUGUUCGAGGAGGUCCGCAUUUGCAUUGUCGGCAAGUACACUGGCCUGAGCGACUCGUACCUUUCCGUCAUCAAGUCGCUGCAGCACGCGUCGCUCGCCGCCAACCGCAAGCUCAAGAUUGAGUGGGUCGAGGCCGCCGAUCUCGAGUCGACCUCGAACGACGACCACCCCGUCAAGUACCACGAGGCCUGGCAAAAGCUCUGCUCGGCCAACGGCAUUCUCGUUCCUGGCGGCUUUGGCGAGCGCGGUAUCGAAGGCAAGAUUGCCGCCGCCAAGUGGGCCCGCGAACACAACAUUCCUUACUUUGGCAUCUGCCUCGGCCUGCAAACCGCUGUCAUUGAGUUUGCCCGCAACGUGCUUGGCCUCAAGGACGCCAACUCGGCCGAGUUUUCCAGCACCACCGCCAACCCCGUGGUUGUGUACAUGCCCGAGAUUUCCACCACCCACAAGGGUGGCACGAUGCGAUUGGGUCUGCGCCGCACCGUCUUCAAGCACCCCAACUGCUUGAGCCGAAAGCUGUACAGCCUCGUCAACCACAACGCUGUCGACACUGAUUACGUGGAAGAGCGUCACCGUCACCGUUAUGAAGUUAACAUCAAGUACGUCAAGGAGCUGGAGGCUGCUGGCAUGAAGUUUGUCGGCCACGACAUCGAGGGCGAGCGCAUGGAGAUUGUCGAAAUUCCCGACCGCAAGUUCUUUGUUGCUGCGCAGUACCACCCCGAGUACCUUACCCGACCACUGCACCCGACCCCUCUGUUCCUCGGCUUCAUCCUCGCCUCGAGCGGCUUGCUGGAUGAGUUCAUUGCAAAGGGCACUGGCGUUGAGGCCUACACGGCUGUGCGCCAAUCCGCUUCUGGCGAUCCCUUUGAGAACCUGCACAUCCCCGCCACCCCUUCGUCGGCCCUUUCCACCACCGAUUCCGAGUAACGGGUUCCGUCCAAUCUGAGUAGUAAUAGCAGCAAAUCAACGUCUCCACUUUGGGGGGCCCCCUAUUUCCCGUUCCUCAGGAGCCGUUGUCUCUGCCGUGAAUAAUUUUUGAAAUCAUUUGUUUCAUUUCCUUCCCUUCUGUCUUCCUUGGCCAUUCGUAUUCCAAGCGGGCAAACCUUGUGUCUACUUGCCAUGACUAACUGAUGCGUCAGCGCUGGCAAGUCGUUCGUUUUUGAGCCGUGUAAUUUUACGUGUAAUCUGAUGUAGAAUCGUUGUUGCGUUUGUUCUGCCGUUUGUUUUUGCCAUUUGACAAAUGCGAUAAAUGAUAACAUCACCAAUACGUGUACUUUGCAAAAACAACAAACAAUCGA